AUGCCUGAGGUUGAUCAGUCUCAGAUUAAUCAUGGUUUGAUGAUUCUCGACACUGACGAUCUACAGACUCAGCUGCAGCAAUGUUGUCAGCAUCAGAAUCUGAACUGUGUCCCAUGCCACAAGUGUCGAUCACAAAACUGUCCUGAUCAAAUAUUUAAAGGAGAGCCAGGGUUACCAGGCCGAAUGGGCCUUAUUGGAAAGAAGGGUGAUCCUGGAGAGAUUGGCAUGCCUGGGACACCAGGAAUCCCUGGGAAGGAAGGCCUCAUUGGUCCAAAGGGUGACAGAGGAUUUGACGGCGGAAAAGGAUCCAGAGGAGAUCAGGGAGAAAAGGGGGAAAGGGGUACUCCAGGAAUUAUAGGAUCCCCAGGACCUGUAGGGAAUGAUGGACCCCCUGGUCCUCCUGGUCCACCUGGCAACAUUGGCCCCAAAGGCCCAGAAGGAAUUCAAGGGCAGAAAGGGUGGACAUAA